AUGAGCCAAGCAGACAACCCACAGAGGCGCACCACCUACCUCAUCUCCCUCACUUUGGUGAAGGUUGAGGCUUUGCCAGAGGAUGUAGCCGGGAACCAAGAGGAGAAGGAGGGGGAAGGGAGCCUAAAGGAGGAGGUGAGUGGUGCCCCCCAAGAUGAGGAACCAUGUGUUGGCUCACAAGUGUCAGAUAAAGCGAGCACACGCGAGGAAGAAGAAGCGGAGCAGGUGCACACCAAGUAUGGCAGCCCAAACGAGAAGUGGGGGAAAGCUGAGAAGGGAGAACCGAAAGACAUUGUCCCAUUUGCAAAGAGCAAGGACACUUCUAUUGUCCACCCCCAGUUGAGGCAAAUGGUGAAGGUGUACAGCGGGAGCAACUUUGAGAGCACCGUCCGGCGAGACGGGCCCCGCAAUGAUGCCUCGCGUCCCAAGACGGAACUCUAUCGGGAGCCUCCGAGGCUGUUCCUAAAGGGCGAAAAUGGAGCCGAGCUCAACAACCGCUCGAGGUGCAGCCUCCCUUUUUCAGUCAGUCAGCGCCCCGAAGUCCUAAUGAGGUCGCAGACGGGGACCAGCUCGGGAGGCUGGAGGGACGCCAGAGAAGCCAACACCAACUUGUAUCACUCAGCUAAGACUCUGGAGAGGAGGGAUAACCGAAUCGGGGAUCAGUCCCCCCUAAUGCCAGCUGCAACUCUGGGGCCUUACCGUGCGUCUUGGGCGGACAGCGACGGCCGAGGCACGCUUAUCCGUCCCGCCGCUCCCCUGAGCGGAGGUUAUUCCGGAAUCAUGAGCAGGGAGAACCAUCACGAGGACAGAUUUAAGGUUUCCUUGGUUACGCCGGUUACCUGUGAUGUGAGCAGGCCUCAAAGAAAAGCCACCAGUCGCACCCUAGAUAACAGCGACCUACAUUGCCUCUCUGAGGACGCCAGGAGAGGAAAAGAGGGCCAAGGAGGAACAAUCCAGAGAGCUCCCGCCCGUGACCGCAAGAUGCUCAAGUUCAUUAGUGGGAUUUUCUCCAAAAGUGCAGCUGUGCCCCCAAAUGUCAGCACCACAUCCCCUCUGUAUCCCGCUGUGGAGAGGGGCUCCAGUGAGGAGGAGGCUCCAUGCACCAGCAGUCAGGAAUGGACCAUCACUCAAACUGUACAAGAACUUCACUUGGCUGUUUUGGGAGGGCUGUGCAGUGGAAAGUCUGCGCUGGUCCACAGACACUUGACAGGAAGUUACCUGUCGCUGGAGAAUGCUGAGGGGCGUCAAUACAUUAAGGAUGUUCUGAUUGAUGGACAGAGCCACUUGUUGAUCAUCAGAGAAGAGACUGAGCUCCCAGGAGCCCAGUUCGCAAGCUGGCUGGAUGCUGUUAUACUUGUGUUUAGCUUGGAAAAUGAGGCCAGUUUCCAGGAAGUGUACAAGAUAUACCACCAGCUCGCUGCUCACCGGCCCGUCAUGGAGGUACCUUUCGUCGUGGUGGGCACGCAAGAUAAGAUCAGCAGCAGCAACCCCAGAGUCAUCGACGACGCCCGGGCCAGGCAGCUUUGCUCAGAUGUGCGUCGUUGCACCUACUACGAAACAUGCGCCACUUACGGUCUCAAUGUCAACAGGGUCUUUACUGAUGCUGCUCAGAAGAUCAUGGCUGCCAAGAAGCAAGCUGCUUUGCUGGCUUCCUGCAAAUCUCUUCCCAACUCUCCCAGUCACUCUGGUGGCUCCACUCCAGUGUCUGGUGUUUUUCCAGGACAGGCUAGUAAUGGGGGUCAGAGUAGCGAUUACUCCUCGUCGCUUCCGUCCACUCCUGUGAUUAGCCAUAAAGAGAUUGGCAGGUCGGCAAGAGGGGAGAAGCAAGACAGUGGCACUCCUGGCUCAGUCCGCAGUGCCACCCGCAGACGCACUGCACGCUUUUCGGCUCGACGAGGCAGUGACUCAGCCAGACGAAGUGCAGACUGCAAAGGGGAUGUGGGAAGCGGGCGCUUCAUUCCCAUCAAACAGGGAUUCUUGCUCAAGCGCAGCGGGAACUCGCUCAACAAAGAAUGGAAGAAGAAAUAUGUUACCCUCUCCAGUGAUGGCAUACUGUCAUAUCACGCCAACGUCAAUGACUACAUGCUGAAUACCCCCGGGAAAGAAAUGGACCUGCUGCGAGUGACAGUAAAAGUGCCUGGAAAACGGCCCCCUCGUGCUGUACCCACUGGCGCCCCCCCAGUCGGGCUUAAUGGCAGGGUAAAAGACGUGCAAGGACCAGAGGGUGUCAACCUGGUUCCUGUCAGUGCCAGUGGGAUCCUGCAAGUGGAUGACAUGGAGGGCCUGGGAGGCCCUCUUUUCCUGAGGAGUAGCAGAGGCGUGCAAAGAUGUUCCUCCAACGUUUCCAACCACGCUCAAAGCGUCGCAGACUCUGCCGUUGAGGGCGUAUCCAGCUCUUCGUCCACCAAGGACGUAGGCUCCACGUCUCCAGUGGAGGACAGGAAGAAACAUCGCAGGAAGAAGAGCACGAACCAGAAAGGGGAUGCCGCUAUUGGCCAAGCAGACGCCAAGCGCAAAAUGUGGAAACUUAAAAGCUUUGGUAGCUUAAGGAACGUGAGCAAAACAGAUGAAGAAAACAACGAUUUCCUCAUUGUGUCGAGCUCUGGCCAGACGUGGCAUUUUGAGGCCCAGAGUGUUGAAGAGAGGGAUUCAUGGGUGCAAGCCAUUGAGAGCCAGAUCCUGGCCAGCCUGCAGCUGUGUGAGAGCAGUAAGAAUAAGGCUCGCAAGAACAGCCACAGCGAGGCCGUGGCUCUGCAGGCUAUUCGCAACGCAAAAGGCAACAACUUCUGUGUCGACUGCGAUGCUCCCAAUCCUACGUGGGCCAGUUUGAACCUCGGUGCCCUCAUUUGCAUCGAGUGUUCGGGGAUUCACCGUAACCUGGGGACCCACGUUUCGCGCGUUCGCUCCCUGGAUCUGGACGACCUGCCACGAGAACUCACUCUGGUUCUUAGCGCCAUUGGCAACCACAUGGUGAAUUGCAUAUGGGAGGCACGUACCAUGGGCCAUCGUAAACCGCCACCUGAUGCUAGCCGAGAAGAACGAGAGUCAUGGAUUCGGGCGAAAUAUGAGCAAAAACUCUUUGUGGCACCUUUGCCUCCUCCCAGUCCCAAUGAGGGUCCUGAUAUCACACUGUCCGGCCGUCUUCUACUGGCCGCCAUGGAGCACAACCUCCCCAAACUGCUGCUCCUCCUUGCCCACUGCACUAAGGAGGACAUAAACGGCCCGCCCAGUGUGGCGCUCUCCUCCCGAUCCCUCAUGGCACUGCGACUGCCCGGCUCAGCUCUUCAUGCUGCCUGUCAGCAGGCUGAUGUGGUGAUGACACAGCUUCUUGUUUGGUAUGGAUGCGACGUUCGGUACAGGGAUGCUCAGGGGCAAACAGCGCUGACCCUUGCUCGCAUGGCGGGCAGCCAGGAGUGCAGCGACAUCCUGCUGCAGUACGGAUGUCCCAAUGAACCUGCCCCUUCCGUCGCCACAACUGCCGGAUUCGCAUCCGCGGCCAACCCAGGCUUUCCUGUCACCAUGACGCCAAACCUGACAGUCGCGACGACCCUCAAGAUCUCGCACAGGAGUGGCGGAACAAGCUUCAGCUACAGCACGUCGAGAAAAGCCGUGUCAUAA